AUGUUAAUGAAGGAGUACUGCCGUAGGGGUGAGAUACAAAAGCUGGAAGAAGAAUAUUGGGGUCUUAAAAUGACAGGAUCUGACAUCCUGUCGUACACCUCAAGGUUCAGCGAUCUAGCCAUGCUGUGUCCCGGGAUGGUUCCUACCGAAAGCAAGAAGGUGGAAAGAUACGUAUGGGGAUUAUCUCAACAACUCCAAGGACACAUAUUGGCCUCAAAGCUAACUGCCUUCGACAGUGCCAAGGAACUGGCACAUCAACUCAUCAACCAUAACGCCAACCAUGACACUGUAACGACCACCUCCGAGCAAGCAAAAAGGGGAAACAACAAAAGAAAAUUUUGGAAUAAGAAAAAGGGCCAUCCUACUCAAGACCCUGCCAAGAAACAACAAGUGGUUGUAGUGCACGCCGCCACAACCACUGCCAACCCCACAACGAUAAGGCAAUACGCCGGGAACCUGCCCAAGUGCAACAAAUGCAGCUACCACCACAACGGUGCAUGCCGUGAAAUGCAUUGCACCAAUUGUAACAAAAGGGGGCACAUCGCCCGAUUCUGUAGAACUCCAGCCCAACCGAACGCACAAGCUGCCAACGUCGGAGCAAGCCGAACCUGCUAUGGAUGUGGAAAAGCAGGACACCUCAAACGUAACUGCUUGAAGGCAAGAAACCCCAACCCCGGCGAAGUUGGCAGAGUUCUGGCGAUAGGUCAUGAGGAAGCCAUCGCAGAUCCAACGGUGGUUACUGGUACGUUUCCCCUCAACAAUACCUACGCAUGCAUUCUUUUUGAUAGUGGCGUGGAGAAAAGCUUCGUGAGCCACCAAUUUAAACGCUUGCUUAAUCAAACACCACAAACACUAAAAGACACAUUCACCAUAGAAAUGGCUAACAGAAAAAUAGAGAACACUAACGAUAUUUAUACCGGGUGUACCCUCACCUUAAACAACCACUUUUUCCAAAUCUAUCUUAUGCUGGUCACCAUAAAAAGUUUUGAUGUUAUCAUUGGCAUGGAUUGGUUAUGCCCUCACCAUGCUGAAAUCCUAUGUCACGAAAAGGCCGUUCGCCUUAAUCUUCCAAGUGGCGAAGCUCUCGUCAUUUAUGGAGACAAACCUAGCUCAAACUUUUAG